UUUGUCAUUGUUUGUUUGUCUAUAUGUGUCUAAUAUUAUUCAUCAUAGUAAUAGUAGAACUUAACCCCUGUCACUCACUUUCACUUUCAGUCUGGUCUUCAUUAUUCGUUCACUUUCAAUUUCACUUUAUUUUUCUAUAUCCGUUAACCUUAACCUUUCACUCGUGCACGAGGAAUCCGCGCACUCGUAUAUUAGAUUUUGGACAUCACAGACGUGUUUUGUUUAUGUCUUAUAAUUAUACUUUGCGUGGCUAUUUCUUCAGCACGCCUGGGUUUUGAACCCUCGUACUCCGAGUAUCGCGACAUUUGGUGGCCAGUGUGGUCUCGGGCUUGUAUUGCUGUUGGGCUUCGCAACGUAUAUAUCUGCAGUUUUGGGCUUGGCGGUCUGUGUCGAACGUCGUGAGGGCGAAUCUUCACCAGCCAAUCGCUGUGGCGGGAUCCAUCAUCACGUGAUCUGCCAUGUGACACCGCUCUGUAAAGCAUUCUACCGGAAGUGGUAUUUGUAAACAUUCAAAGCCGACAUGGCUUUAAUAUUUUCACAGUUACAAGUGAAUUAAAACAUUGUCAUGGACUACCAUUGCUGGUAUUGUGAUCUAUUUAUCACUGUCGUGCGGUUCCUUGCGUUUCACGAUCAUGGUUUCACAGUCUUCAUAACAGCAUCUUAAUAGUAACAGGCUUUUGCAUUUAACAAAUACUGGAAUGAACAGUUCAGCUGCUACUUCUGUCCCAGUUUCUUCAGUUAAGGUGCCUAAACUUCCAGAGUUUUCAGGUGAGGCAGUUGUUGGUGGUGUUGAGUUUGAUGUGUGGAAGUAUGACCUGAAGUGUCUACUUAGAAGUCAGGUUUACCCUGCCCACACUAUACUUGAGGCAAUUAGACGGAGUUUGAAGGGCAAGGCUAGAUUGGUGCUGUUGCAUUUGGGUGAGUUAGCUACAGUUGGUGAUAUUUUGAGUGAGUUGGAAGGCAUUUAUGGUAAUGUGCACUCUACGGAGAAGUUGAAGGAGCAGUUUUACAGUGCCAAGCAGGAGGUAAAUGAGAGUGUUGCUGAUUAUAGUCUUCGUUUGGAGCAGCUUCUCAGUACUUCCAAUUUACAGCUUGAUCCUCAUAGCAAGAAUGACAUGCUUCGUAAUCGUCUGUGGUCUGGUCUUCGUAGUCCAGAAUUACGUAAUGUGUCACGUUACAAAUUUGAAAGUGUUUCUGAUUUCAAUACUCUACGGAAAGAGUUGCGGGUCAUUGAACAGGAAUUGGGUUCAGUUGUUUCUGUUAAGCCGGUUGGGAACAAGCAGCCUACUGAGACUGUAGGUCAACAUAUGAGUGUUGUUGAACAUAAGAUGCUUCAGCAGUUACAGGAGCUGAGCACGCAGAUGAAGCAGCUUAGUACCAGGAUGGGGAAGCUGGAGGAGAUGUCUAGUAAGCCAGGACAAGGUAGAGGUGGUCCUAAGUCAGGUUCAUACUCUGGUAACUCUAGUAAUAGUAAACCGGGUGAUUUAAACAAGAAGGGGCCCCAAUCAAACGGGAGCCAGUAGGUGGCCCUUCUUGUCGUGUGACGGCUCCCCUUGUAGGUCAAUCUAGUGAAACAAAGAUUCUGGUAAAUGGUGUCUCUUGUAAUGCUUUGUUGGAUACUGGUUCCAUGGUAACCACUAUAGGUGAGAAGUUGUUUAACUCACUUGAACCUCAUCCAGCGUUGCAGAGUUUGUCCGAUUUCACACUCAACAUUACAGGUGCUGCUGGUGCGAAGGUGCCAUAUUUGGGUUACGGGUUGUUGGAUAUUGAUAUUCCAUCAUCUGCUAUAGAAUCUGUGACUGUUCCAGUGUUGGUUGUGCCAGACACUCAGUACUCUUGCUGUACCCCUGUUGUUGUUGGUACCAACGUUAUAAGUUAUGUUAAGUC